AUGGCCUGGAAUCGGAAUUCGCGUUCGUACGGCGAGGAAACAGCACAACUGCCCGACGCCAUGGAAACCACCACCACCACCACCACCAGCACAUCUUCCACCACAUCGAGCUUUCGUUCGCGUCACAGCUCCCUCAGCUCUGGUCGCCAUUCGUACAACCUGCGCGAUGCCGAGGAGGGUCGAUGCCAGAAUGCCAAUGGCGGCUCUGACAUUACCGAGGCCAGCUCCGUCACAAGCGAGAAUGGUGAGAACCCCGACCCCUUCCGCAUCGGCCCCUCGCUUCUCGUACUGACGCCGCAGAUGUCCCAUCCGGAUCCAGACAUGUUCCCCGAUGCCCCCGCCGACGGGCGACCCGCCAAUUUUGGCGUUGUCAUUCCCGGUGUCUACCGCAGCGGCUAUCCUACCAAGGACGACUUUAGCUACCUGCAGGGGCUGGAGCUGAAGACGGUAGUGACCCUGGUGAAGAAAGAUGAGCUGGACGAUGGUCUGGGCGAGUUUGCAACGGAGAACGGCAUCAACCAAAUCAUCUUCAACAUCAAAGGCACCAAGAAGGAGGCCAUUGCCCCCUCGGCCAUGAGGAUGAUCCUCGAGGUGGUGCUCAACCCGAACAACUACCCGCUCCUGAUCCACUGCAACCGCGGCAAGCACCGCACGGGCUGCGUCGUCGCCAGCAUGCGCAUGACGGCCGGCUGGGAGAACCACCACGCCCUGUCCGAGUACCGGGCUUACGCGGAACCGAAAGUGCGCGACUGCGACGUCGAGUACAUUACCAACCUCGACGCCUCGCUGGUGCGCCCCAGACUCCUGCCGCUACCUCCGAUGCCGGGCGCCAUGGCCGUCGGCAACAAUGACCAGCCACGCCUCGCGGUCACCCAGACGCGUGGCAUCAAGCGCGCUGUCACCUUUGGGCUCAUCGUGCUCGUGUGUCUCAUUUCCGGACACAGGUUCAUGGCUGGCUCUAGCUUGAGGGUACCAUGA